CGAUGGUAUCGUCCACUCCUCCGGAAACGCCGGCGACAGCACAAACCCCGUUGAAGGAAAGGCAGGUGGAGCUGAUUUGUCAGACGGAGAGGGUGGAAACUGAUAUAAAGUAACAACCUGUGCCACUUGGCAGACAUCAGCACAGUAUCAGAAACGCUGGACAAGCUUAAUCUCUUAGAUUUGAAUGGACAAGGCAGCCAGAAGUACACAGCCCAGGUAGUGAAGCCCGUUAAAGGUUCAGUGAUGCCUGUGAAGAAGAAGAGAAAGCUCCCAGAUGCAGAUGAUAAUGAGCGCAAAUGUAAAAUUCCGAGUUUCACCCGACCUCAGAUCCGUGGUGCAAGGCCGAUCAGCGCUGAGAAACCGUUCUCCAGUAAGAAGUGCCUGGCCUGGUUCCACGAGUACGCUGGCCCCGACAAGGUGGUCGGUCCAGAGGCCAUGGAAAAGUUCUGUGAAGACAUUGGAGUGGAACCAGAGAAUAUAAUCAUGUUAGUUUUAGCCUGGCAUCUAGAAGCAGCAAAUAUGGGGUUCUUCACAAAAGAGGAGUGGCUCAGGGGAAUGACGUUAUUACAGUGUGACUGCACGGAGAGGUUACAGGGCAAACUGGAUUACCUGCGCAGUGAGCUCAACGACUCUGUAGCCUUCAAAAACAUCUACAGAUACGCCUUUGACUUCGCCAGAGAUAAGGACCAGAGGAGUUUGGACAUGGACACGGCUAAAUCCAUGCUGGCUCUACUGCUGGGCAGAACAUGGCCUCUCUUCCCAGUCUUCCACCAGUUCCUGGAGUCCAAGUACAGGGGGAUGAAUAAGGAUCAGUGGUAUAACGUUCUGGAGUUCAGCAGGACCAUCAGCGCAGACCUCAGUAACUACGAUGAAGAUGGAGCUUGGCCAGUGCUGCUAGAUGAGUUUGUGGAAUGGCAGAAAGCUUGGUCAGCAUCAUAGCAGACGACAUCACCACACCAAAAAGGAGAAGGAGGGAGAAAAAUCAAAAACCACAAACACAGGAGGAAUCUCUUCAUCGCUAAAGAAAAAAGUAAAAACGCCAGUUUCAGAUCUCACCAACACACACAAACGCACACAAAUAUGGACUACAGAAUCAUCCCUGUGGACUCUGGGUACACUCACAUCCCUUCAGAGAUUGUCUCUGUGCAUCGUCAGCCAACUGUUGUCAAGAGGCCUUCUCUCACUGAGUAGACUUUUUAUAGUGUUAAUUUGGAGAAAAGAAACGUGGAGAAAAAGUUCCUAAAAUAAGAGAACAAACCAAAAAAAAGAACUGUGGAAAGCUGUGGAAUUUAUGUUUUCUUGAUAAUAAUUUUUUUUUUUUCCCAUUUUGUGUCUUGUUUUUAGAUGUUUUCACAGUAAUAAAAAGGAAAUGGAAAAUGUGACGAGCUGCUUCUCAAUAAUUGGUGGAACCUAUAGGUUUCAUUCACCAAACACUUUGUAAAUACACAAACAGUAUGUAUCACAGUGACAUGUGACCUGGGAUCCCUGAAGAAGACACUUGAGGACUGAAUUUGCUGUCUGUCGUAGAUGUCAGUCCUCCGACCCAGAGGCCUUCGAGUGUUGGGUCGGGCAGAGAUCACUUCACUCGCUUUACCUUGUCGAUCCCGAGCUUGAACUCGCUCUGAGUACAGUGAUACACUUAGUCAAGCGCCGGCUGCUGGACUUUAAUGCUGAUUGUCACCGAAAUGAUGUAAGUCGAUUGAAAUGAAGGGAAGGAAACAUGUGAACACCAAUAAUGUAAUGAGUGUUUGUAUCCCACCGUCUGUGGUUAAGUUGUUGCAAAAUCACACGGUAAAUUAUCCAGGUAGACAUCUGACUUCCUAAUUGCUUUGUAGUGUUGAUGUACAUACCAAAACUGUAUUUAUAUCAACAAUGUUGUAAAUAUUUGAGGAUUUCAAUGAUUCAGUGGUAUAGUCCUUUUAAUGCAAGAUUUCUGCAGGGUCUUGAAAAGUCUUAAAGCACUGAAUUUAGUUUCCUCCAAAAAGGCCUUAGAAGGCAUUUAAAAAGUCUAGAAUUUAAUGUACAAGUCUUGAAUACUGUCUCUUGCCUGCUGUGGACAGCAACGUUCGUUUCAGUAUCUGGUUGCAGGCUGUCGUCGUACACCUAUAAACUAAAAGUAAGGUAGUUGUGACAGUGGAUUCGGAUCACAGGAGGGUGUUCAGUCCCUUUUU